AAUCCACCUUUAACCGACUGAAAAAAAUGGAGAGGAAUACACAAAAAAUGAGGAGGAAUGUUCAAUGUACAAAUUAUGAACAAAACACAGUUCCUGUUUUUAAUACCUAUGAAGAAUACCAUAAGAUGGUUCUUCAGGAAGAUAUAAUUGGGACGAGCCUAUUAAAUCUUGUUCAUGAUGAACAAAAGGAUGACAUAUCUGAGAAGAUCAUUCUAAAUCUUCCAUUGGCAAAUAUAGGAUGCAUGCCUCAUACAUUAGUGGUGACCAUGUGGGAAACUGGGGAUCUUAGCUGGAAGGGAAGGAAGGCACAACCAGUUAACAUUCAAACAAAUGCUGUAGAUGAUGAUUCCGAUGAUGACAGUACUAUACAACACCAUAGGAACAAAAUGCAUACAGAUGCUCAGGCUGAAGUUGUGAACGUGGAGGAGUGUCCUGAAGCAGGCACAGAAGUCUGGACACCAUCUCACUCAAGCAUAACCCCAGACUUAAAUGCAGCCACAAGCAUAAUCUCUGGCAUGAGGACAAGCACAAGUUCUUCAUCUACAGAUAUUUCAUCAACAACACCAGUAUCAUUCCCUACAUCUGGACAGGGGUAUGUGAUAGAUCCAAAAUAUAUGCUAGAGCCCCAAGACAGAGAAUUUGAAGUAGGUCCAGAGUUCCUCCUAAAUGACAGCCAAGACUAACAGGCCUCUCCAGAACAAGGAGAAUGCACUGAAGAGGAUGUGAAGAAACCCUUGGUAGAGGCAAAGAUAUCCAAUCCUAAGGAACAUGUAAUUGAUGAAUAUUCUGCACUUCAUGAUGCUUCUUCAGAUGCUAAAAUCUGUAUAAUAAGAGAAGAUUCUGAAGACAAGAAAGACCCUAAGUUCCAAGAAGUCAUUGUGGGUCAAGAACAAAGACAUCAGAAGGCAUCUGAGGCUGCCCCAUCUUGUCCAACCACACCAUUACAGGCUGUGUACCCAGAAGCUGUGGUAGAACCCACACCAAAGAGAACAUAUGAAUACCAGCGUCCACUUAAUGGGGAAAAGUUUGCCCAACUCUGUGGGCCACGAGUGAUGAUGACAGAGGUCUAUGAUUUGAAUAUAAGUAGAUCCUUCCAUGAUGAACAACAUUCUUACCGAGAUAUUGAAGAGGAGGAUAGAGAACAAGAACAAUGUGAAUAUGAAUUUGCCCAAUGUAUUGAAAUGCUUCAAAACUUAAAAUAUGAACGACCAGGGCAGCAUCAAACCAGGCAAGGACAAGGAUCUUGUGUGCAUCAUCCAGGAGAACAGGUGGUGACUGUUAUUGAUGACUUGGGGUCACCCACCAUAGAAUUUUUUGGAAAUGACAAUUCUCAGCAUUCACGAAAUGAGACACAUAGAUGUUGGGAGGAUCCUAUUGAUUGUACCCCUCCACUUCUGCAUCAUUCAUCAAGAUCAUGCCAAGAAAUGACUGCAUCACAUCAAACAUUGGCAGCCUCAUGUCAAGCAACAUUACUGUCAUGUCAAACAUCAUUAGUGUCAUGUCCAGCAUCUUUACCAUCAUGUUCAGCAUCUGCACCAUCAUGUCAAGUAUCUUCACCUCGAUGUCAAUCAUUGGCAGUGUCACAUCAAGCAUCUGCACCACCAUGUCAAGCAUCAGCAACAUCACGUCAAGCAUCAGUGGUGUCACAACAAGCAUUGGCAGCAUCAUAUCAGCAAUCAGCAAUGUCACCUCAUGCUUCUUUUGACCACCGAAGAGAGAACAUUCCACGCUUUCUGCCCCCUGGACAAGAUCACUCUGGUUCCUUUUGGGCUGAAGAGGAUACUAAUCCUCACCCAUGA